AGUUUUUCUUGACGAAAUUGGAAUAUGAUCACGGGGUCCUUAUAGCCAGACCCUAAAACAGGAGGAUAAAAGCUGUGAGCAGAGGCAGACGAGGAGGACCACAAGCUGAAGAUCGAGGUGCGCAGGACCUACUGGAGAUGCCCGCAAAACUCAUGUUCCCCAUCGUGGUGAUCUCCGCACUAGUGGCUUGCAGUCCGACGAAGGCAUGGUACAAGCAGGUGGACGGCCCAAGCUACUACUCGGUGGGCAGAGCGUCCGGCUUGUUGUCCGGUAUCCGGAGGUCACCGUACGUCAGGAGAUCCGGGCUGGACCCGCCAGAGAGCGGAGAGUCGGCGGCCAACGACGUGGUGUCUGACUUAAGACCGCACACUGUCGUCGUGAAGACGAUGCCUGUUUGUAUCAAAGACAUUACACCAAACCUGAGGAGCUGUGAACUCUUCCAGGAAAUCAAGGGCUCUUUUAAGUGCCAAGCGGACGUCUUCCUGUCUCUGGACUCCACAGACUGUGAGGGAGACUGAGCGGUGAAGCCAACACCUGGCCUGGAUGGUGGAGUCCUCUUCUCAACGGCUUGAUAUUUAAAAAACUGUAAAUAAGUCCAACUCCAAGUUGUUGCACUAGAUGGAAGACCGUUACUAUUUCACCAAAUGAUUACAUUUAUGAAAUCCUGUAACUUUAUUCUGUACAAGUAAUGAAUUACGUACAUAUUUGUUUUCAUUAAUAAAAUGAAUCAUAUUGCA